AUGGGCAGCCCAGCGCUCUGGUUUAGGACAAUCCUCCAGGGCCCGAAGACCGAGACCCCGAAUGUCGAAAGUCACGAGGAUGACCCCGGUCAGGAGCCCGCUUCUCCUGCCCCAAGCUCCGUCACAAAAUCUUCGACCAGUCUAUCUGCUUCUGUGACUGGUAGCAAUGAGGGCCUCUCAACUGGGCUCACUACUCCAGAUGUGGACGGGGUCAUAUCAAAGGCACUUGGGGAGCAGGAGGCCUCUCAGCCAGUGCUAAGAUCUCAAGCUCCCCUAGACGCAAAGCUGAGCAAGGAAGAGGAGUUUGGAGACAUGUUUUGGAACGCAGUCAAUGAGCGACAUGAAGAAGUGAAUGACGAGACGCCUGUAGCCACCGGAAAGAAAGAGUUGACAGCCCAGGGAACCGAGACGGAAUCCGAUGGUACGACUCCCGAUUUGCUAACCACAGGCCGCCCGAUAUGCGCGGAAACACCUUGCCAGGCCCUUGACGAUGACGGUGCAUUAGAAGAGGAUAGCCCUCAGCCCGAUGAAGUAUCUAGCCCCGCAUAG